CGCUUAGCCCCGCCCCUCUGCCCCGGGCCACUCCUCUCCCGUAGUGUGAUCUCCCAGGGCUGCGAGUUGGAAGCGAGUAAAAGCGACAUCUUUAUCUUCGGGACACAGACAGCUAAGCCGCCCGCCUGCGCUGCGGGCAUAUGGAGGAGACAGCCGCACGUAUACACUAAGGGGGCAGCCUUACCCGCCGGGCUCACUGACUGCAGCAAUCACAAAAGAUGGCUGCUAUUAAGGCUCUCCAACAGUGGUGCAAGCAACAAUGCGAUGGCUAUCGGGAUGUCAGCAUCACCAAUAUGACAACAUCGUUCCGAGACGGGCUGGCGUUUUGUGCCAUACUACACAAACACCGGCCUGACCUCAUAGAUUUCAACUCUCUUAGUAAGGAGAAUGUGUAUGAGAAUAACCACUUGGCUUUCCGUGUUGCCGAGGAACAGCUGGGGAUUCCGGCUCUACUUGAUGCUGAGGAUAUGGUCAAGCUACGUGUGCCAGACCGACUCAGCAUUUUAACUUACGUGUCCCAAUAUUAUAACUACUUCCAUGGACGGUCGCCAAUUGGAGGGAUAGCGGCUGUGAAACGUCCUCCGCCAGACACCAUUGAGGAGCCAGCUGGAAAGAAGAUGACCAACCAUGUUGCUCCUAAUCCUGAUAGGACACCCAUGAAACAGCCACCACAGAGAAGCCCGGCACCGAUUGAAAACGCUCCUGUUAGAGCAGGCAUUAGAGAAAUUAAUCCAAAUAGUGAAGUAAGCAGCAACUGCUCCGUCUGCGGGAAACAUGUACAUCUGGUCCAGAGGCACAUGGCUGACGGAAAGCUGUAUCACAGGAACUGUUUCAGAUGUAAACAGUGUACACGGACGCUGCAGCCGGGUAGUUAUAAACUAGGAGAUCAGCCUGGAACUCUCAUCUGCAAACAUCAUUCUUCUCACACUCACUCCCCAACAAUAAACAGCGUUUCAACUUCUGGCCCAUACAGUCCUGCAGUGUCUUCUGUAGGUGGUAAUACGGCAAGUCCAAGUGCAACUACACGGCCUAGCACCACCACCAAUAACAAUCCCUGGCAGCGCACCACAAGCCCCCCUGUCCCGGUACCAAACAAUAGGACUUCUGUUGGCUUUGUGAAUAAUAACAAGACUAGUAUUACUAAUGCCGCAGACCAGGAACCUGGUAAUAAGAACUCCUACAAAUUUCAAUCCACAAUCAUCAAGGAUGGUCCAGGUUCUGCAAACACAACCAAUCCUGAACCCACAAACAGGACCGCUGUUGGAUUUUAUGGUAACACUAAAGCAAACUCGAAUCUCUCCGCUGCUUCUGGAGUAACGGAACAACAUAACAAACCUACACAUAAUCAUUGGGGUGCCAGUAAGGACAGGACAGUCUCCAAUCCGUCAGGCAGUGUGGCCCAUUUACAGCAGGCCACAACUCCAACCGCAGGUUAUUUACAGACGGUAAAGGGAAAAAUAGAAAAUGGUAACUCUCCUGUGCCUCAGAACAACGCCUUUCAAAGGGAAGCUAAGAAAGAAUUGGGUCACAUUGGCCAACAAGGCAAAAUAAGUGCUACCUCAGGUAAUAUCCCAAGUGGGCCUUCUUUGUCAGCUGCAAGGUCACCAGCUGCUAUAGAGGAAGCAAAGGAACAAAAUACAACACCAAAGCCUUGUCUUUCUUCAACUACAAAAAAUAAGGAAGCCCGUGAUGCAUUCUUCCAGUUAAAACCUGUCACGGAAUCAUCAGCAAAUAAAUCUCCAUCUGGCCGAGAGUCCCCAAAAAUAUCUAUGGCUAAUGGGCCAGGAAGGUCUGUGGCUAUUAAUGUGACACCACACACUCCUGUGAACACUGAGAAGGUCAAAGUUAACACUGAGCUGGUCAAAUUUAACACUGAGAAGGAUAAAGUUAACACUGUACAGGUUAAAGUUAACACUGAGCAGGAUAAAUUUAACACUCAGAAGGUUAAAGUUAACACUGAGCAGAAUAAAGUUAACACUGAGCAGAAUAAAGUUAACACUGAGCAGAAUAAAGAUAACACUGAGAAAGACAAAGCUCGGAACUAUCUCCUGAAAAAUAUUCCUGGUUCGACUCCUCUCACACCAGUCCGAUCGUCAGAAGGUCCUAACAGUAUAUCCACACCGAAUAGGACAAUUGAUCCACCUCAAAGGGGAACACCAAAUGCCACACCAAAGACUGAACCUGUGAAACCAGUUCCAAAAGAAAGAAAGAGUAAACUGCCACCUUCUGUUUCCACUCAUGAGCCCCCAAAAACUACUCCAACAGCCAGUGUUGCCAAAGGGCCCAGCACACCGAGCUCUGACAAGAGUUCUGUCCCAGCACAGCCCACCCAUCCGACACAGCCCAGUGUGGUGAACCCAGGCAGAGUCCAGAAGGUGGAGGAACCAUCUCCAAAGAAAGAAAAUCCUGCCAUAACAGUGCCAAAAUCAGAAGCCCCGGAGGCAUGGAGGUCUAUGUUGAAAUCCGUUGACAAGAAACCAUUAAUUCAUAGGACUCUGCAUGAGGCCAAGCCUACUCCAAAAGAACCGGAGACCACCGCUGCUCAAAAGAAACCGACAACGUUUGUGACUGUGACCAUCUCACCAAGCCCUGCUGGCAAAGAGAACAACCCAGUUCCACCAAAAGUACCCGCUGUUAAACCAAGCCCUGUGGUCACAGAAUCCGCCAAUGUAACGCCUCCAAAGAAAAAGCUUCUGCCAGCCAAAAUAGACUUAAUUAACGAUUGGCCGAAACCUGAGCAAAAGUGGCAGGAUGGCGCUGUGGUCACUGAGGGAGAGGCACCCACAUGGCGCUCUCACUUUUCAACAGACAAGACUUCCACAGCUACACCUUCCAAUCCGAGUUUGGUGGAAAACAAUAAUCUGGCAUCACCUAGCAAGCUUCGUCCAGAAUACAUUCCAGAAGAAGCUAUCCAGAAACAGCUCCAGAUCAUAGAGCAGGAGCUGGACACAUUGGAGCAGCACGGGGUGGAGUUGGAGAAACAGCUGCGGGACUGUGAUGGAGAUGAGUCGGAGGAUUUGCUUAUGGUGGAAUGGUUCAAACUCAUCCAUAAAAAGCAGCUUCUGCUGAGAGAGGAAUCGGAGCUGAAUUACAUAUCCAAGCAGCAAGCUCUGGAGAACCAACAGCAGGAUGUGGAGACCGAGCUGCGCAACCUCAUGAACAAGCCAGAGCAUCUAAAAUCACAUUUGGACAAGGCCAGAGAAAAGCAACUGCUGGAUAAAUAUAUACUUAUCGUCAAUGACCGCAGUGAGAUAAUUGAAUGCUUGGAUGAAGACAGGCUACGGGAAAAGGAAGAGGAUGAAGUCAUGGCAAAUAUGAUCAAAAAACAUUCAGAUUCCAAGCAGAAGCAGCCAAGUCCAGAGCCGAACCUAAAGAGAAGAUCCAGAUUGAGCUUUUCCGGCUGGUUAAAGCCAAAAGACAAAAACAAAACUUAAAGUGAUUGCCUGAACACAGUCAGUGACGUGGAUGAAACAAUUAUGCCUUGCACAUGACCUUUUGAGGAAACACUGGAUCAACGUUCACAAUACAUUUAUGUGUUGAGCCACUCCCCGUCCUUGUCAGCAUUGUCCAAGCUGCAGGGCAAACUCUAGGAAGAUUAGUGCAACCAUCAACAAACACCCCCCCCCCCCUCCCCCUCCCCACCUGCUGGACACAACCAGUAUAACAACAGUACAACCUUGCCAUUUUUCACUCCGAAAUGAAAUUGCAGCAGAUCGUACCUUCUACGGUGCAACUGUUAAUGUCUGAAAUCAAUGUAGUUGCAAAACCAUUGAGGUUAGAAUUUAACUGCCUCAUUGCGCUAAAGUUUGUUCAGUGCUGGGAUGUAUUAACAAAUGCUUCCUUGAAUUAGUCACAGAUAUAUUUCCUCAGAAAUUCCUGACUAGUUCUUCUACAUGAAAUGCUUUCCAGCCUAAUAAGAUUACUUCCUUCUGUCAACUGGUUGUUUGAUGUGCCAAUCAGACAUACACUUGGGGAGAUGUAGCAAACCUAGGAGAACGUAGAGAGAGAUAAAGUACUAACCAAUCCGCUUCUAACUGCUGAUGUACAGGCUGUGAAAAAUAACAGGAGCUGAUUGGUUGGUACUUUAUCUCUCUCUACUUUAUCUCUCACCCAGGUAUGAUACAUGCCCCAUCACACAUUAACCUUGUACUGCUCAAAUAACUCUUGCGAUCAUCCAAGGGAAUCAACAAUUCUUCAUUUAAAGUUCUAUGGAAUCAGGAGCUGGAAUGCCUGCAUGUAGGCACCUGUUGCUAGAACGUGCCCUGGAACGCUGGACAGUGUACUGAAUAACUAGUUUUAACAGAGUACAGAAAAUCUCUGAACAAAGUGACAAUGAGUUCUGUGACUGCUGGUCCAUGAAAGCAAAGCAUUACAUCUCCUUAACUUAUGUCUCAGGAGUUUGUCACAUAUGUGCAAAGAGCCAAAUCCCUGCUGAACAUGAUGCAAAGUUUUCUAUUGUCUGGGGCCCAGCACAGCACACUGGGGAAAGCUUUAUACAGAUGGCUGCUGUAAUGCCUUCAGUACUUACUCAGCCAUGUGAUGUCAUGUUUUUUUUCCUGUUGUUUGGUUUAUAUAGGGAAACAAAAUGUGAUGCUCUGUCGUGGGCACUUCUAUAUAGAUAAUUCAGUGUGUGUGGUUUUUCUGUAACAAGUCGUCUCGUUAAUAUAUUGUUUAACAUUGUAUGGAUUGUUGGAGUGGUUUCAUUCAGUGCCUUUUAUUCUGCUCAGUACCCAUACAUUAACUGUAAAGUGAAAAUGAACUUUUUAUUUAAUAAAUAAAAAAAAUUGUAUUAUA